GUUUCGCUUGCAUGUGAUUGGUGGUUACUGGGUUGGUUAAAUCUCAUUGGUGGAUGCUGGAAAAGGUUAAAUCUCAUUGGUGGAUGCUGGGAAAGGUUAAAUCUCACUGGUGGAUGCUGGAAAAGGUUAAAUCUCAUUGGUGGAUGCUGGGAAAGGUUAAAUCUCAUUGGUGGAUGCUGGAAAAGGUUAAAUCUCACUGGUGGAUGCUGGGAAAGGUUAAAUCUCACUGGUGGAUGCUGGGAAAGGUUAAAUCUCACUGGUGGAUGCUGGAAAAGGUUAAAUCUCAUUGGUGGAUGCUGGGAAAGGUUAAAUCUCACUGGUGGAUGCUGGAAAAGGUUAAAUCUCAUUGGUGGAUGCUGGGAAAGGUUAAAUCUCAUUGGUGGAUGCUGGGAAAGGUUAAAUCUCAUUGGUGGAUGCUGGGAAAGGUUAAAUCUCAUUGGUGGAUGCUGGGAAAGGUUAAAUCUCAUUGGUGGAUACUGGGAAAGGUUAAAUCUCAUUGGUGGAUGCUGGGAAAGGUUAAAUCUCAUUGGUGGAUGCUGGGAAAGGUUAAAUCUCACUGGUGGAUGCUGGGAAAGGUUAAAUCUCACUGGUGGAUGCUGGGAAAGGUUAAAUCUCACUGGUGGAUGCUGGGAAAGGUUAAAUCUCACUGGUGGAUGCUGGGAAAGGUUAAAUCUCAUUGGUGGAUGCUGGGAAAGGUUAAAUCUCACUGGUGGAUGCUGGGAAAGGUUAAAUCUCAUUGGUGGAUGCUGGGAAAGGUUAAAUCUCACUGGUGGAUGCUGGGAAAGGUUAAAUCUCAUUGGUGGAUGCUGGGGAAGGUUAAAUCUCAUUGGUGGAUGCUGGGAAAGGUUAAAUCUCACUGGUGGAUGCUGGGAAAGGUUAAAUCUCAUUGGUGGAUGCUGGGGAAGGUUAAAUCUCACUGGUGGAUGCUGGGAAAGGUUAAAUCUCACUGGUGGAUGCUGGGAUAGGUUAAAUCUCAUUGAUGAAUGCUGGGACAGGUUAAAUCUUA